GGAAAUGCUUGGCCGUGUAGGGGUUUUUGGCAGGAGAUCAAGAAAUUUCGACUUAAAAAUAAAGAAAGCACGAUUAAAAGGAAGUUUAUGAUGAGUAAUCUAGCCAAAGAGAGGAACGACAUUUCGUUCGAAUUCGAAAAUGGUGCAUAGCAUUUUAAGCACAAUGUAAUAACGCUUCUUGUCUCUGUGAUUUAUCUUCACACAUCAUCAUGAUAUCGCCAGCGUUGCUUGACAAGUUGCAGUUGGCGGUUAAUGUAAUCAUUGUAUGCUCAUUGUUUUGUCAUUUGAGUCAUGAGGCUAAUAUUGUGUUCCAAGAAGAGCCGAAAGAUGUGUUAGUUAUGUUUGGUGAAACCACAGAGUUCAACUGUUCAGCUCGUUCAGUAAAUCCCUACAAAAGUCCAAUAUAUUUUUGGAAAUUCAAUGGAAAAUAUAUAUCUAUACACCCCAAAAAUGGGUUUUAUAAUUAUGGCAGAACAUUGAUUAUAGAAAACGUGAACAAAUCUUUGCACGAAGGAAAGUAUGAAUGCAUGGCUUUUAUGGAAGAAUAUGGAGCCAUCAUCAGCAUGCCUGCUCAUCUGCGAGUUGCAUAUUUCUCAGUAUCAAAUGAAUACAAUUCAUCAUAUACAGUAAAAGACACAGCAUCUCUUUUCAUAAAGGCACCAACUAUAACAGCGUUACCAGAGCCAAUAUUUGAGUGGAUGUAUUUUGAUAAACAAAUAGGAAUGUUAACCCAUGUAAACAUGGAGGAUGCGUAUCUAACAAAGAAUGGGGAUCUCCUAUUCCCAUCAAUUUCAAAGAAAUAUAGUUCUCAACUUAAGCUGGUUGUCACACAUCUCACCUUUCCUGCUGGACACAAAACGAUUGCCAAUAUCUCAGUGCAAGUUAAAGGACCCUCUCCAAACUGUCAGGAUCCUGGUGUUGUUUUCCCAAUGCAGGAAGCAAGCAGGGUUGUCAAUGAGGGCCAAAAAGUUGUGCUUGAAUGCAUUGGAGUUGCAAGGAUGUGCAAAGAGAAGAGAGAAGUCAGCUGGUUGUAUAAAAACAUUGCAUACAGCGGAAGACAUGUGAUAUACAACAUAAGAAAACAAAAUGAAGGCCUCUAUACUUGCAUUACGAAAAUUGGCAGCAGAGCACAAGUUAGCUACAAUGUUUCCCUCAGUGUUCGAGGAAAGCCUCAGAUUAUGGUUCCAAUUCCCCUAGACAUAAGUGUUACUGCCCGCAUCCAGCUAUCACAUGGCCUUGUCUUAAAUGCUGACAGAACAGAAUGGUAUGCGAAUGGGGAGAAAAUAACAGAGGCCACUGGUGUCUUCAAAAUCACUAGUAACAACAAGCUAGACUUUGUAAGACCAAGUAGAAGCCAAACUGGGAUUUAUCAAAUAUUCUAUAGCAAUGCAGCUGGAUCGGUCGUUCAAACCAUCAACGUAUAUGUUGAGACAGGUCAUGGCAAAAGAGUGUCUGGUACUUCUGGUAAUGUCACCUUUGUGCCAUCAAAUGCGCCAAAUGGACUGCAACAUAGCUCAUGGCUCAUACAGAUCCCAUCUGUAGAGACAGUGUAUUUGUCUUUAGUAAACCCUCCCAGUUGUGACAAGGAUGAUAUAACGCAGCUGAGUGUGUUCCAGGGUUCUAUUGCAAAUGGAGUAAGAGUCAACAGAAUCUGCAAGUCUGUCACAUUCAAUCCAGUGCUGCUUGCGCUGAAAGGUCCUUUCGUUACACUUAUUCUUGUCACUUCCCAGUUGCAGCAAAGUGGUUUCUUCAUUCGUUUUGAUGUCAACCGCGCCGGGCUGCUUACUACGACACGAACACCAACCACAACUCAGCAGCGAACCUCAACCACACAAACACGACCCAGUACAUCGCCAUCAACUCUGGGUGGUUCAUCAACCACAACCUCCUUCAAAACAGUAACAUCUAAACCCGAUGACACAACUUCGCGCGCACCGACUAGCGUAGCUACCUCAUCUUUGCCAACAGGUGGAACAGGCGAAAAAGUUGCUGGUGAUGACCCCCCAAUUGGCGCGAUAGUAGGAGGGAUCUGUGGUGCUAUUCUCAUUGUGGCUGUCGUACUUGGAGUUUUUUGCUACAGAAGACGAACGAACAAGUCAGCCACACAAGCAGCGACUCAGUUAGAGAAAGGAAGAGGACAGGACAUGCCGAGAAAUACCUACAUGAUGCGUAGGCCAGGAACCGAUCUUAGUACUCCACGCUUUACAGUCCAACCUAACGGUAGGCCCAUGCCGGAUGUAAUACCAUCAUACGAAGCAGUCGAUGGCAAAUAUGAGAUGGGAUAUUUGGGGCAAGACCAAACUGAUUCUGGUAACGAAACAUAUGAAACAGUUGGAGAUUUACUCAGCCGCAGUGACAUAGGGAAUUUAGCUUAUCAACCAGGAAGAGCUCCUAAACAAGUCAUUGGUAGAAGAAUUGCAUCUGGACCCGGUAAAAACACGGACCCAAAUGUUAUCAGACCGGAAUUAAGUCAUACGCAACCGGGACAAAAAUUCCAGGAAGAAACAUACGACAGCGUUGCCGAUGGUAGCGAUUAUUUGACACCGGUUGAUAGCCGUGGUCGGAUUAAGUCAAUGGCAGGCAGGCCCUUGCCUUCACCUACUGAUUCAACGUCAUCAGGCCCUGUUUAUCAAACCCUGGAAAGAGAUGGCAGUCCAAUCCCAGGUGGUACAUACGAAUCUCCGGAAGAUGUUAUCAACAAUAUGAAGAAAUUUGAUAAUUUGGAAAGAGUCCCGUCCAAUCUGUCUGAAGAUCGUUAUCAACCACUUGAAGAAAAGGAGGAACCCAUUAAACAAACUGGCUUCUAUGAAGCAUUAACUCUAGAGAGAAACGCUAAACCAUCUACUGGCAUACCAGACGUUAACCAGACGGAGGAAGAUGUGAUUGAUUCUGAAAACAAAACCUCUUCAGUCAAUGCAAAUUCUGAUCAUAGCGACCCUUACGCUUCAUUAGCUGAUCAAAAGGAGGCUGGUGCACCAGGCGAGACAGGAUGCAACAACAACCACGCAAGUUUAGAAGAGCGUGCGAGUGAUGCUUACGAGACGCUGAAAGGUGCGAACGGGACAGGAGAUUACCAGACAUUGACAUUGCCCAGAAGUGCUUAUCUCCAUGAUGAUGAUGAUAAUUACGCGGCUAUUUGAGAUUUUGUAUUUUCAUAGAUUUAAUCCUUUUAGGCAUCCUCUUUAGCCAACUAGCAACUUUGAAUGCUAUUGUAUUCUGGAGAGGAAAAUGCCACCUCUGUGCUUGGCUAGUCCUUGAGAGCUCAGUCUAGUAAAUUCCGACUUUGUUGUUUGAGAGUCAAAGAGCGUCUUUUAAUAGAUUUUUAUGCAAUACAGACGCAGAUAGGUUCUAAUGGCCUGUAACACUUUAUUCGGGACACUUAGCCAGUUUUUCAGGCUCAGCUAAUUUCUAAUGCUAGUCAAGUUAUUUUCAAGCUUCUGUUGUAAAAUAAGAUAUAAAGUUGUAAUCAGGGCCUGCGCCACAUGGAGGGCAUGGUCUCCCAAUUUUUUCGCAAAAUAAAAGACUUAAAUCAACUUAGAGUUUUUAUAUAGAUAAACCUUUAGAUAACAACAAAUACAUUGAACCAAAUCCCCCAAAUAGAAAGCAUGAACAAAAUGAUUACCACAACUGGGGCUAAAGGGGGAAGGGAAAACUUUCUUCACAUUGCUGGCCCCUCCAGUUUAGGAUCAGUGGCGCGGGCCCUGAGUGGUAUAUUGGUUGAUUAAGGCAGGGCCUUUACUUAUCCUGUUAAUAUUGCAGCAUAACAUAUAUAAUUUAUUUAGUUUGAUUAACAAGCUACGUUCCCACCUUUAUUGUCAAAUGCAUUUUAAUUGAAUCCGGAAAAUAAAUUUCUUAACGUCGUUCUUGAAAGAGAUUGGAUUGAGAACAACAACGUCUCAAUAUUCACCACAAAUUCUUCAAACUAUCCGAACCCCUCUUUCAGGCCUCCCAACCUCGAAUUAGCCCCCCAAGUUGAAAAAAAGAAUUGCUACCCAAACAUGCUAGUUUUUGCCUUUUAAUGAGGAUCAGUUAGUUUAUGAUGCUUGACGAGAAAACCGCCGAGAGCAAUGAUUACAUCAUCAAUUUAGAGUAUUUUUUUCUAUUUUUUUAGAGUAUUUAGAGUAUAUUCUUCGGUUUGAUGCUUUAUAGAAGAGGUAUUCUAACCCUCGGGUCCAUUAGAAUGGGCUCAUUCGAGGAGCUCAUGAAGACUAUCUUUUCCCCUACGUCAUGGUAGAUUUCUUAAGGAACCCAUUCUGGCGAUAAACGGUGCGAAUUCAAGAAUAAAUUCCACAAGCUUUCAUCUUGCAGGCAACUAGGUUUUAUGAAUGAAUUUCUUCAGAAAAAAAUAAUUUACUGAUAGAUUUAAGUCUAUGCCAUGGAUUCUUGGAUGUCAGAUAGAGCUGAAGAGAACUUCCCGAACAGUUAUUGGCAAGCUGUUAGCAAAGAAAAUAAAAAUUGAAAAGAGGGAACAAUCGAAGACUGUCAAAUUGCUUUCAUGUUGUUGCUUACCUUUACAGCCUUUAGAGUGAUACCCCCCCCUUAAUUAUGAAAAACUUUUCAUGAUUCUUAUUUAUCCAUUCCAUUUUAGGAUUAUUCCACUGAUUACAAUACAUACACGGUUCCAUGGGCAAGAUAUAUCUGUAAUUACUAAACGUAAUCUUCAACAUUGCAACACACCAUUAUAUUGAAAAAUAAUAACCAUGAAUUUAUUUUAUGUUAUUUUGUAAUAAAAUUUUUAAAAAAUUUGUAAAAUUUUUAAAGAGACGAGCAGUGUUUUAAAUUUGAAUUUCUGUAAUUUAUUUUUGAAUGCUUUGUUAACAAUGCUUAUAUGUAUC